GGGCUUCUCAGGAGUUUACGGGUACUUCUUGAGGAGCUCCUCCAGGUGUAUGCUCAUUCCAAGAAGUAUGGCCUUAUGCUACGACAUUGGAUAUUCAGAUAUGCGCAUCCCCAACCUGCUGGAACAUGAGACUAUGGCAGAGGUGAUCCAGCAGUCUUCUAGUUGGCUGCCCUUGCUAGCCAGAGAAUGCCACCCAGAUGCCAGGAUCUUCCUCUGCUCACUCUUUGCACCUAUCUGCUUGGACAGGUUCAUCUACCCCUGCCGCAGCCUCUGUGAAGCUGUUAGGAACAGCUGUGCUCCAAUCAUGGCUUGCUAUGGCUACCCAUGGCCUGAAAUCCUGAACUGCAACAAGUUCCCUGCAGAUCACAACUUAUGCAUUUCAACAAUCACUGAUGAAACCACUUCGAGCAGGAGAACAGUGCCCCGAGCCAGCUGUAGGGACUGUGAGCUCGAGGAAGCCAGAACCACCAAGGAGAUACUGGAAAACUUCUGUGCCAACGAUUUCACUGUGAAAAUUAGAAUCUCCAGGAAGAACAUGACCUCCACCAUCUCUGCUUUUGACAUGGAUUCCAAGCUGGAGGUUUUGAAGCAUGGCCCCCUCCUCCGGGCGGAAAUCCACCCAAGACUGCAGCACUGGCUAGACCUAGAUGCCACCUGUGUUCGCAACAUCAUGAGAGGUACACACACAGGAGUCUAUGUCAUCAGUGGAGAGGUGCAGAAUGACAAGGUGGUCGUAAACAAGGCCUAUGCAUGGCACAAGAAGAACAGGAACCUGCAGCAGGCUGUGCGGCGAUGGAAACACCACCGGUGCCGAGCAUAGUCUGGCAGGAGAUUUCAGAAAUCUCUGCUCCACUCAUAGGAAAUUGCUCCCCUCCCUGUACCUAGAAAACGAUCCAUGACAACCAGGGCUUUGGGGAUGUGGGUCGGUACAAUGGCUAUCUUUUAGUGGGAUUCAGUGUAGUCAAUAGCCAAGGUCUAGAGGCCAUACUACAGAGCAUUUCACUAAGGGAUUGCUGUACAACAUGUUAAUUAAGAGCUUAGGGAGUCACCUGUUGCUCCAAGAAAUGGAAAGACACAAACAUGCUGUGUUCUUCUUUAUCUCCUACUGCACUGGAAACCCAGUUUCUAAUAGAUGUGGCAAGCUUGUGUAGUAGCAGGAAUAAGUGAAUUGAAGUCCUCAGCUUAGACUGGACAGGAGGAGAUACCUAGUAGCUAUUCUUGUCUGUUCCCUUCACACUGAAACGAGGUAGUAAUUUCAGUCCUGUGGUUUGUCCCUGAAACACAGACUUUGCAUAAGUGCAAGCUUGCUGUGGGCCCAGAGAUAUUACAAAGACAUUUCCACACACAGAUCACCUUGCUUGGUGAGACAUGCGGCCAGCAGCUGUAUUCACCACUUGCAACUACGCCACAGGGCUGCCUAUGUAAUGGCUAAAGUUUUAAAGGAGAUCUGCAAAGGAAAAUGUUGGAAUUCUGCCCUUUUUACUUUCUGCUAGGAAAAGGUCGCCCAAAAGGGUUAAUUCACUAAGGGAAUUAAAAAAAAAAAAAAAAAUCAGUCUACCUAGGAAGACCCUGGUGACUGAAGAACUAGUGAAGUGAGGAUUUCCCAAGAGUCAGGACAGAAAGCUGAUCAACUGGGAGACGAAGGGAUUUUUAGUCAGACUGUUUAAAA